AUGGCAGAUAUCAAAUUGAAGAUUAGGCAUGCAAAAAGAGGCAAUGAAAAGUCUUUAGAUUUGUCAGGUUUCGGUAUGACUGAGCUACCUGCAGAUAUACUACAGUUGACCAUGCUUGAGAUCCUCAAUAUCUCAAAUAACAAACUCAAUAACCUAAGGAAACUUGAAUCUCUUCCAAAUCUUAGAGUUGUAGAUGCAAGCAAUAACAAUAUCAAUUCUUUGCACUAAGAACUAUUAGAUAUGUAUUCAAUCGACACUAUUUAUUUAUUUGGAAAUCCAGUUGUUAAUUCAAACCCAUAACUAGCAAAGAUUGAAAGCAAUGCAAAUCUCUUAAGAAAGACUCUUGAAUCUUAUUUUGGACUUGCAGCUGGUUCAACUUCAGGAGUGUCCUCACUUGGAGGUGGCAUAGGUGGAGGAAUUGGUGGAAGCCUUGGAGGAGGCCUUGCAAGCUCAGGUCUAGGUGGUGGAUCAUAAUCAGUAGCUAACAUCGGCGGUUUCGGUGGUGGAGCCUCUGGCAGUUAUAAGGGCGGUUCUUCUUUUGGAAGUUUGAUAGGAGGAUAAGGAGUCGGUUCUGUUGGCUUCUUACAAAAUGAUAUUAACAUGAAUGAUCCUGCUUCACUUAGAAAAAGAAUAGCUGAAUUAGAGUAAGAAAAUAAGAGCUUAAAGGAAGGACCCUCGAACAAGUCAUACAACACAAUGGCUAGACCAGGCACAAUGGGACAAGAUAAGGAUUGGAUGAGCUUCGGAGGGGGUGGUCCUAUUGAGAGACCUACUACAGCUAAUUCACAAAAUUAAAGAGUAAGGGAAAUUCAAGAAGAGCUUAAGAUGGAAUAAAAAGAGAAAAAGAGACUAUUAGGAGAAAUCGAAAAUUACAAAAGAGAGCUACAGAAGAGUAACUUCUCAGCUUUUACACAAACAUCUGCUUAAGUCUCAGUUGGGUCAGGUAGAUUGCCAGCAGUUGCAGGUGUCAGAGAGAUCAGCCUAGAUGAUAUAUAGAUUGGUGAAUAAAUCUCAUAAGGUGGCUUUUCAGUUAUACAUAAAGGAUCUUUAAAUGGAACCCCUGUGGCUAUUAAAAAGAUCUUUGAUCCAAGACUUACAGAUGAGCUCUUAGCUGAAAUUUACAAUGAAAUUGUCAUGUAGAGUAUCCUUAGACAUCCAAAUAUUGCCUUGCUAAUGGGAAUGAUACCAAAGAUCCCAAACAUUGUUAUCAUUUUCGAAUUAAUGCCAGGAUCUCUGUUUAAUCUCUUGCAUAUCAAGAAAACAGCUAUUCAAAUAUCACCUGAGGAAAGAAUAAGAAUCGCUAGAGAUGUUGCUCGUGUCUACUAUUACAUGCAUGAAUUAGGGAUAGUUCACAGAGAUCUUAAGAGUCAUAAUAUCUUAGUAGAUGAGCACUUCAACAUCAAGAUUUGCGAUUUCGGUCUUGCUCGGUUCAAGGCUGAUUUGGGUAAAGGAACUAUGCAAUUUUCUGGUACCCCUGCUUACAUGGCACCUGAGCUUUUCUAAAAAAGAGUAUACGAUGAGACAGUUGAUGUCUUUGCAUUUGGUGCAUUGCUCUGGGAGUUAGUGGCCAGAGAGGUACCUUAUGAUGGGUUAGAUGUAAGUGAUAUCAGAGCUAAGGUUGAAAGAGAAGAACAGCUUAAAAUCCCUUAUGGAACUGAUCCAAGAAUUGCUCAACUUAUCCACGAAUGCAGAUUAUUAAACACAGCUGAUAGACCAAGCUUUGGCAGAAUUUUAGAAGUUUUAAACUACUUCGUCAAAUGA